GCAUUCUAUUGGACUCGAAGGCAAUACACACCGAAAAUGGGUUCGGAAGCACACGACAAAACUCCGGGUGAUCUUUUGCCUAAGGAAGACACUGUGCUUUCGAGUGCGGCAUCCUUUACACAGGACUUUAAGCCGGUUAAGAAUAUAUGUGCUCAUCUUAACGCGUUCCACGCUUAUGCGAAUGAUCCUAUGCGAUCCGUGGAAACGAAUCAUUACUGCAGCCAAUUGGAUGAUGAGGUUCGGCAAUGUGUGUUAUACGACUCUCCAGAACCCAAUGCACGGAUCAUAGGCAUAGAGUACAUGAUCACACCGAAACGCUACGAAUCUCUACCAGCUGAUGAGCGCCGCCUAUGGCAUUCCCACGUAUACGAAGUGAAAUCAGGGAUGUUAGUGAUGCCUAACCGCAUGGUACCCAAAGCAGCAUGGGAAUUAGCAGAGAAGAGGGAGAUGGAGAAGAUCAUCACGUUAUACGGGAAAGCGUAUCAUUUGUGGCAGACGGAUAGAGGGGAUGAGCUUCCGCUGGGGGAGCCGCAGCUUAUGAUGAGUUAUACGAGUGAUGGGCAUUUGGACUUUGGGAGGGUGGAGGAGAGGGAUGAGAGGUUUGGGACGAAUUAUAGGGAGAAGAGGGAGGCAAGGAAGAGUAUUCCUUCGCCGAAGAUUCAUGGAGAUGCUGAUUCGUGUUGGCAUGCUUGGAGGGAGAGGGGGAAUAAGACGCCUCCGAGUUAUAACCAGAAGUGAUGGCGGACAGAUGGUAAAUUCGAUCUUGGUGAAGAUUUGGAAUUGUCGGUGGUAUCUGAUAACACGGAUAUUGCAAUAUUAAACCGUCCGACGGGGUUGAAACAGAGUCUAUGAUCCUGCUCUGUUAGUUUGACUAACCAAAAAUGACAUAAUGGAUGAAUGACUUGCCCAUAUCUAGCCGAA